AAGAUUGGGUCUGCGAACUAUACAUUACAUUCCCUUUUCUUCGUCUUCAUCUUCGUCUUCCUUUCCUCCUUCAUUCCUCUUUUCUUCGUCUCCCACCAUUUCUGCAGAAGAAGACAAAUAAAAAAGCUCUCAUUUAUCUUCGUGGAGAUCUAAAAGAAGGAGGAAGACAUUUCUUCCCUCUGGAUCUCCAAAAGUAAGAACAUUUACAAGAAACGAGAGGUUUGGGUGGGGAAGGAAAGAAGGAGGAAGAGGCAAUGUCAGCUAGGUAUUGGUGUCACAUGUGUUCACAAAUGGUGAAUCCAGUUAUUGGUGCCGAGAUCAAAUGCCCCUUUUGCCAAAGCGGGUUUGUCGAGGAAAUGAGCCGUGAGAUUAAUGGCGGCAGCAGUAGCAGUCUAAGGGAGGUUCAAGACCCUGAGAUUGAUUUUGGUACAGACCGUGCAUUGUCUCUAUGGGGUCCAAUCUUGCUUGGAAUGAUGAGUAAUCCUCGUAGACGUAGAAGGUUUAGGAGGACAGAGUUUGGUGUGGAUAAUGAUGAGGUCAAUGUAUCUGAUGAUGUUGAUGGAAAUGACAGCGUCGAUAUUGAUCGACAUCAUCAUCGUCGUCAUCGCCACAGGCAACAAGGUAGAGAGAUUGAUUUAGACAGAGAGUUUGAGUCUAUCCUUAGGAGGAGACGGAGAAGCUCAGCUACUAUAUUGCAGUUGCUUCAGGGUAUUCGUGCAGGGAUUGCUUCUGAGUAUGAGAGCUCGGAUCGAGACCUGUUAAAUCAAUCAGCUGUUGUUCAGGGUUCAACGAGUUUGAAUCAAAACCGGAACAAUACUUCUCUUUCUGCAAUUGGAGAUUACUUUGUUGGAUCCAGUUUAGACCAUUUGCUUGAACAUCUAGCUGAUAAUGAUUCAAUCAGGCACGGGAGUCUUCCAGCACGUAAAGAAGUUGUGGAUAAUCUCCCAACGGUUAAGAUAAGUGAAUCAUUGCAGUGCUCGAUUUGUUUGGAUGAUUUUGACAAAGGAAGUGAAGCUAAAGAGAUGCCGUGUAAGCACAAGUUUCACAUCCGGUGUAUAGUACCGUGGCUCGAGCUUCACAGUUCAUGUCCCGUGUGCCGAUAUGAACUCCCUCCUGAUGAUGAGACCAAGGUUAAUCCUGUAAGACCGAGAACAAGAACUCUAGAGAUCAACGUAAGUAAUGAGAAUGUGGAAGAUGAUGCAAGGAACAGUAAUGUGAGCGAGAGAAGGUUCUCUUUUCCAUGGCCGUUCAGCGGAUUAUUCUCUUCAUCCUCUUCGUCAUCCGCAUCGGCCUCGGGGUCAUCUCAUCUCGGUGAGAACUCGUAAACUGCUAUUCCUCAGCUUAUAGUACAUAAAAUCUUGUUCACUCAGAUUGUUGAAUACUGCAUAACAAAUAAACACUUUCGAGGAAUGGAAUCUUUUCUUUAUUUGUAUUAUAAUAUCUGAUGAUCAUUUGGGUUUCCGUUAAAAGUAUCCCUUUUAAUUUAGUAAAAUAUAAAAAGAUGAACACAGGUAUUUAUGUUGAGAGGGAGAGGCAUGUGACUGUGAGUAUGGUUGUUGACUGCAUGAAUCGCAUUAUCUCCAAAUACGAAUCCCAAAGUUGUGUGAUCACGAGCCAAAUGUGAUCACACAUUUUUGUAAAAUAUAUUCAAAAAAUAGUCUUUGUUUAUGCAAUUGCACUCGU